CUCUUGACUUAACAGCAUUUACGGUUAACAGAGCAAUAACAGCGACCAACAACAGCCAUGAAUCAAUGCCUGCCUGUAAACGCAAAGAUGUCGAAGGCGAAGAAGGUUUUGGAUGAGGCGCGUGAGACUCAAAAUCGGGAACUGGACCUUGUGGACAAGGGUCUGGUGUCCUUCGAGGAGUUGCCUGGACUAUUUAACAUGGCCAAUAUCACAAGGCUGACGCUGUCCCACAACAAAAUCAGCAUUAUUAGUCCAGGAAUCGCCAAUUUGCUGAAUCUGGAAAUACUGAACCUCUCCAAUAAUCAGCUAACCGAACUGCCAGUUUCCCUAUCAUCGAUGCCCAAGCUGCGCAUUCUCAAUGUGUCCAUCAACCGUCUGGACAAUCUUCCCCGCGGAUUCGGGGCAUUCCCAGUUCUAGAAGUGCUCGAUCUGUCCUAUAACAAUCUCAAUGAGCACGUGCUCCCCGGCAACUUCUUUGGCAUGGAAACACUGCGAGCUCUCUACCUGGGCGACAACGACUUUGAGUACAUCCCAAAGGAGGUGGGUCAGCUAAAGAACCUGCAAAUCCUCGGACUGCGCGACAACGAUCUUUUGGAGCUGCCGCGCGAAGUAGGCGACUUGCUUCGACUGCGUGAGUUGCACAUACAAAACAAUCGGCUGCAGGUCUUGCCACCAGAGGUGGCACAGCUCGAUUUACUCAGCAAUAAGUCAGUGAUGAAAAUGGAGGAGAAUCCCUGGGUCAAUCCCAUUGCUGAGCAGUAUUUGCUGGGCAUUAGUCAUGUCAUUGAAUACCUCAAGACCGAAACAUACAAAAUCAUCUACAAUCGUCAUAUGCAGGCAGGACGCAGUGGGCCACCGCCGCCAAAGGCUGACAAGAGCAAGAAGGCAUCCCGAGUGCGUGCCUAAGGACUUCUUGAUCCUGGAAAUGAUCCUUGUCUUGUCCAGCUGUCAAGAGGCAGCUCUUUGUGUUUUCGUUUUAACCAAAAAACUAGAUGUGUUUUAUAUACUAAU